CGCAUCACCUUUAGUAAAUACAAGUAAACAAUAAUGACAAUGCAUAAGAAACAUACCUUUCAUUAAAACAAAAUUCAAACUGUUACAACAUUUGCUUCUUACAUAUACUCUCUGGACUAAAAUUAAAAAGACGAAGCAAUUAAAGUUUUGAACAAUUCAUAAUACAAAUACAUUUUAUAUCAUGGCCUUCAAACCAACUACCGUCAUCAAAUCCACGGCUGCAGGCAUAUUCACAAUUAUAGCAAUGGCUGCAUUCGCAUCUGCAUCCACUGGUUUAGCUCAAUCUCCUGAACAAGACCGCUACCUCAACCAAUGUCUUGGGAAGAUAUCUUCAAGGUGUGCAAUGUAUGCCACAGCCGAAAUGUAUCACCAUGGGCCGCUGAAACAAAACGGAUGUUGUCUAGAAAUUUAUCACAUGGGACAAAUUUGUCUUAACAUCGUGACAAGGCAUGUGAUAGAAUCCCUUGUUCCCAAACUUGAAGCUACUCAGAAACAAGGCCUUAUUGAGAAAGCCACACAGAUAUGGUAUCUUUGUGUCCCGGUUUAAUUUUUUAUAGAUGAAUGACCAU